AUGGAUGAUGUGCCGGGUCGCGCGUUCUGGUGCAUUGGUGUAGCAGGCUUCGAGUCUGCCAGACUACUUGUUCUUGCGGCACUUGUAAUUGUUGCCAAUGGACAGCUCGCAGAAGAAUUCGUCACUGUCGUCGCGCUUCACAUGACCGAUAUCGACUCCGGUCACCAUCGCCAUGAUCGGGCCUCCUUUCGCGCAGGUUGGCCUUUUGGCUUUCAGGUCGUCGAAGCCUCGGUGGUCGUCGAAGCCUCGGUGGUCGUCGAAGACUCGGGCAUCAAAGGCUCGGUCGUUGAAGAUUCGGACGUCGAAGACUGGGUCGUUGAAGAUUCGGACGUUGAAGACUGGGUCGUUGAAGACUCGGACGUUGAAGACUGGGUCGUUGAAGAUUCGGGCGUUAACUCAGGGCACCAAAUGUCCUUGAAAUACUCGGCGAGACUGGAGCAUUGGACAGCGCCUGUGUGGAAAGCGAUGAACCCAUGGCGACUGAUUGUGUUGAAGCAGGGGACUUGGUGGUGA